AUCCAGGAUGUUUUCACGCUGGGUUCUUCUUUGGGUCUCCUGCUAGCCUACCGGUCUAGCCUCGGAGCACAGACCAGCAGUUCGAACGGAGAUGUUGUUCAUCUACCAACCUACCCCGACCGCCAGCCGGACCUGCUGGAGAGCAUUGAUGUGGUCGGCACAAUUACCCGAAAUCCCAGCCUCUUCCAAUUGCAGCAGCAGCAGCUGGCCUCUGCUGAGAAGACGUCAGCUUCUGUCCCUUCGAGCAGUCCGGAGAGCUUGGCUGUUUUGGCUGAGCAGAUUGGUGAGGAGUUGGACUCGACUUUUUAG